GCAGGAGCCGGGAACUGGAGGAGACCCGGACCCCACGCGCAAUCGCCGGGUCCGGUGCACUGGAAAGCCCCGGCCUGACGCCGAGUCCGCCAAAGUGCGUCCCUGUCCCGGGAGCGCCCUGGGCUUCCCGGCAAAAACUUGGCGCCGGAGUGCUGGGGCGCCCCGCGCUCGCCUGGGCACCCCGGGAACACGGGACCCGGGAGGGGGCGGCCCCCGCCUUGCUGAGGUCGGGUUCCCCGCCUGUGCCCCCUGCCUCAGGGUUUGCAGGAGUGAAAGAAACGGGUAGAUUCAUCUUAAAAAAAAAAUUGGGGCAGUGGCUCGCGGCCUCCCCCCACCCCCAGCCUUCCCAGCAGAUUUUGUCCGAGGAAUCCGCUCCCCCUCCCGGAAUCUCCGCGGCAGGAACGCUGCCCAGGAGGGGGAGGGCGGGCGGCGAGGCCGAGGAAUCUUCGACGUGUCACUUUCUGAGGCUGUAGAUUUCCAUAUGGUGGAGGAAAGAGGGCGGGUGUGCGAAGUGGGGCUGGAAGUUGGGGCCGCCUCUCCGCGCCGGCGGGGGCAGUCGGGGGCCUCGAACCCGGGGAUGCUCUCGGGGAGGGUCCCGAGCCCGCGCCGGCCUGGCUCCCCCGCCCCCGGCUGGGCCUCUCCGGGACACUCCCCGCCCCGCUGCUGGCCACCUCCGAGCGCGCCACGUCCUCCCUCCCCGUCCUGCCCCCCGGGCUCCCCCCGGGCUGGGGGCGGUAACCGGCGGCCGCGGCCGGACUUGGCGAGCCUGGCGGCUGGAAGCUGGGGCGGGGGAGCGGGGCGCGGCGGGAAGGAGCGGGCGACCCGGUGUGUGGGCCAGCGGAGCUCCGUGACUGGCAAACAGACUGGUCAGCAAGUGUUUAUUCAACGAAUGAUUUAAUGAUGGAGCAGGACAUGUUUUGACACUGAGAUGCCAUAUGUUUGAACCAGCUGAAAACGUAUGUUUGAUUUUAAUUUUAAAGCCAUGUUCUAAUUAUAAUUGUUAUUAUUGGAGGCAUAUGGAACUUUCAAUCAAGAGGAAAAACUGAGAUACUUCAAAUUAUGUGAAGAUAGAAAGAUUUUUCUUGUUUAGUCAAGAAUUAUUGCAUUGCAGGUAGCAGAAACCCACUUAAGCUAGUUUAAACAAUAAAAGUUUGAGGAAAAGGAAGGCAGUGUUUCUAUACCUCCUGAGCUCCUGGAACCAGCCCUGGGAAGUCAUUGGAAGCCCAGGUUGCAUUUCUUCUUUUCUUUGGUCUUCCUUCCUUGAUAUUUCUCUUUUUGUAGAGCCCAUCCUAUAUGAAUGAUGGAUGCUUAUUCUAAAUUCAUGAAGUAAUACCAAUUUUUUCUUUUAAAAUGGCCUGGUCUGCACAUUACUUUUUUUUUUCUUCUUUCUUUGAGAUGAAGUCUCG